CACAAAUUCAGAAUGAUUAGGUUGGUUGUGCUAAAUUCUUCUACUGUGGGCAAUACCCUUUUCACUAAUAUUCAGUCGACUUUCUGUUAAGUUCUUCCCGUCGUCUUGUUGUGAUUUUCAUAUAUCAUCCCAGACCGUUUUGAAUAGAUUUAUCAAGCUGCGAAGGAUCCCUAGGUUUCCAGUUGACGAUUACCGAUUACGGGUUAAAGGAUCGACAUCGUAGCACGUGGACAACUUUUAUGCUGGGAUCCAGCUAGUGGAGUGCAUUAUUGCAGCAUUUAAGCAGACUGCCUGACAGUCACGCCACAAUCGUCAUCAUGCAGACCAUUAAGUGUGUCGUUGUGGGAGAUGGGGCAGUCGGAAAAACCUGCUUGCUGAUUUCCUACACGACCAAUAAAUUUCCUUCGGAAUAUGUUCCGACGGUUUUUGAUAAUUAUGCUGUAACCGUGAUGAUCGGAGGGGAACCGUACACUUUGGGCUUAUUUGAUACAGCAGGCCAGGAAGAUUACGAUCGACUGAGGCCGCUUAGUUAUCCACAGACUGAUGUGUUUCUUGUAUGUUUUUCUGUGGUCAGCCCGCCAUCGUUCGAGAACGUCAAAGAGAAGUGGGUGCCAGAAAUAACACAUCACUGUCAGAAAACGCCGUUUUUGCUUGUGGGAACGCAAAUUGAUCUGCGGGAUGAUCCGACUACAGUGGAAAAAUUGGCCAAAAAUAGACAGAAGCCGUUGACGCCAGAGAAUGGCGAGAAACUGGCUAAAGAGCUACGAGCAGUGAAAUAUGUGGAGUGCUCGGCAUUGACUCAGAAAGGAUUGAAGAACGUUUUUGAUGAAGCUAUAUUAGCUGCCUUGGAGCCUCCAGCGCCUCCGCCCCGACCUCGCUUGUGCAGACUGCUGUAAAAUUCAGCAGAUUGGCCUUAAAUUUGGUUUUCCUGUUUGGAAGUGGAAAAGGGGGAGCUGUUUUUAAACUAAUUUUAGUAGCACUUGUGUAAAUCUUGCGAAUGAUGCGGUUGAUAUGACAGAAUAGAUUUGUAUUGUUUCCUGACUUUACUUUUCUAAUAGCUAUUACGUGAUUCUUUUAAUGCAUAAUUGUUUAUCUAAGGAUAUGUGGUUUUUCGCUCGAUGGUAGGACGUAGCUUCCAUUUUUUAUGAUAUUCCUUUAGUUUGAUUUAUGUUAUUUAUCAUUUUUGUAUCGACGUUCCAGAUAGCCGUAA